AUGGAGAAAUUAUCCCGCCUUUCACCUCCAUCUUCUUCAAGCUUCCAUAGUCAGUUCAUUCCGUUAGACGAAAUGGAGAGCUCUUUAGUUUCGUAUCUCUACGAGCUCCACGUUCUGAUCGAGGAGGAAGGGGUAUACCUCCCGACGGUUAUUGUUCUCGGCGACGAUUGCUCGUUGAAAUCUCAUCUACUGGAGUCAAUGGGGGAGCUGAGACUCGGCGAAGGAGAUCGAAUAUCUUCGAACAUGCCUUUUCUCGUAAGGUACCAACAUCAUGAAGGUGGCCAACACAUUCAACUUGAAAAGAAAGGUCACCCCAUCACAGAUGCAGUCCUCUAGCUGUAUAGAGAGAGCAUCAUUGGAUGGCAUCGAGGAUGAGACAUUGACAUUGGUGGUAAAGAACCGAG